AUGCGCACAAGCAACGUCAUUUACGCGGCGUUAUCAAUCUGCUGCUUCUUCACCUCGGCUUUGGGCGGGCUAUUUGAGGACAUGAUUGGGAUGGUGACUGGGGUGAAUAUCACACAGAAAGCCUCUGAGCAGAAUACGUUGAGUGUGCAUGCGACAGCACUUAACGACGAGCGCUGGAAGUCAUUAGUGGAGGGUGGUAACCGCAGUGGCAGCGACGACAGCGACGAUGGCGACCACGACGAGGAAAUGCUCUGGUUUGUACUCAUAACAACAGGCAAACACGACGAAUUCGAGCGCCUCCUCAAACAAUCUCUCAACGAUCUUGCCGACGAGUUGAAAGAUGUGAGUGGUGUUCGGGUGGGUCGAGCAGAAUACGACAGCGAUAUCAGACAGAUGAGCACACGCUGGCUGCUGUUCCAAGUACCCGUGUAUGUCUUGGCACAGGAUAAAGGACAGACGUUGCGGUUUGUGUCGCCGUACCAGAUCCCACCGAACACAGCCAGCAUGCGCAAGCUGCUCGUGGACAGCGAGUACAAGAAGCUGCCUGUGUGGAGUGGGCGGCUGAGCUACAAUGGCGACUACGCAUUCUAUAUGGACAUUUACACACGCUUCUCACUCUACUUGCAUUCUCUUCUCGAUACCAUACCUUCUCUCGUGUGGUACAUUGGCGUAGCUAGUUUGUCGUCAUCUCUGCUCAAAUGGAUGCACAAGGAAGACAAAACAAAGACACAGGAUAGGCGCAUGCGUGGGGAGAGAGUCAAGUAA